UUUAGCAGCUCCAACUUCCAAAAUUUCUGCUACAUUCUUCUCAUAAACCGCAACUGUAAGUCUCAAAUACAUUUCAUUUUUUCAGUCUUUGCUUCUUUUCCACUUUGCAAAUUGUUAAUAUCUAACAUAGAUCAGUUUCUAGUUUCUGUUAAUUAUAUUUCUAAAUUAACAGAAGUGUAUAUAUUUAUAUUGUGUAGUGUAAUACCAUUCUUUCAUUUAAAUCUCAAUAGCAUAUUAAAGUUUAUUGAGACCAUAGAAAAGGGUGUAAAGUUCAAGUCUUUAGGUGAAAAAUUCGAUCUUGUUUUGGAACGAGCUGAAAAUAUUGAUUAUUUGACGAAAAAUCAAGAGAAAUGAACUCUGGGGGUUGUCUUGGGAUUUCAAGUAUGAAGCCUUGUAGUAAUAUAUUGAUUCUUGGAAAAAAAUCGUCUAUUUUUGGAAGUCCACUUCUAAAGCGUGGUCAUUCCGGUGAAUAUAAUUUGUCGAAAUCACAAUUGAAGCUCUAUUAUUCUUCAAUCAAAGCUAAUUGUUCUCAUAAUAGGAAGAUAUUAGGAUUUAGGAGAGUCAUUGACUCGAACCGGAGAGUUUUUGGUGGUUCCGGUUCAAAUUGGGGUCAGUCUAAGGUUUUUUUAGCUGAUCGGGUGAAGAAGAACGGUAGUUUUAGAAGUGUAAUUGCAAAUGUAGCAUCGAAUAUUAGGAAUAAUUCAAACUCUGUUGGAUCCCGUCUGCCCGAAAAUAGCUUUGAAAAUAUUUACAUUCAAGGGGGUUUCAAUGUGAAGCCCCUGAUAAUUGAGAGGAUAGAGGAGAGUCAAGAUUUGUUUGAGAAGGAUGAAGAAAAGGGUAAAGCCGAGGAGGUCAAGGUUAAUGACGGUACAUUUGGAGAUACCAACCGGUUUAGUGAGGCAGAGGUUUCAGAACCAACCCUUGGGAUACAUGUUUCCGAGGUAGAGAAGGAGGCUUGGGAAUUGCUCAGAGGAGCGAUCGUGAAUUACUGUGGAAGUCCUGUGGGAACCGUAGCUGCCACUGAUCCGGCUGAUAAGCAGCCGCUUAAUUACGACCAAGUCUUUAUUCGUGACUUUGUUCCCUCAGCUCUUGCGUUCUUGCUUAAUGGAGAGGCGGAAAUAGUAAAGAACUUCUUGCUCCACACGCUGCAAUUACAGAGCUGGGAGAAAACUGUGGAUUGCUACAGCCCUGGGCAAGGGUUGAUGCCAGCUAGUUUUAAAGUUAGAAAUGUGCCUCUUGAUGGGCGAGAUGGAGAGUUCGAGGAUUUAUUAGAUCCGGAUUUUGGUGAAUCGGCUAUUGGACGUGUUGCACCUGUUGAUUCUGGAUUAUGGUGGAUCAUUUUAUUGAGAUCCUACGGGAAAAUUACUGGCGACUACUCGUUGCAAGAGAGAGUAGAUGUGCAGACUGGGAUCAGAUUGAUUCUAAAUUUGUGCUUAACCGACGGUUUUGACAUGUUUCCCACCCUCUUGGUCACUGAUGGUUCCUGCAUGAUUGACCGAAGGAUGGGUAUUCACGGCCAUCCACUUGAGAUCCAAGCGUUAUUCUAUUCUGCUUUGCGUUGCUCCCGUGAGAUGCUGACAGUCAAUGAUACGACCAAGAACCUCGUUGUGGCCAUCAACAACCGACUCAGUGCUCUUUCAUUUCAUGUGAGGGAGUACUACUGGGUUGACCUGAAGAAAAUCAAUGAAAUUCAUCGUUACAAGACCGAAGAAUACUCCAGUGAGGCCGUCAACAAGUUCAACAUCUAUCCUGAGCAAAUACCCGGCUGGCUUGUGGACUGGAUCCCGGACAGUGGAGGAUAUUUUUGUGGCAAUCUCCAGCCGGCUCAUAUGGAUUUCAGGUUUUUCACACUCGGAAAUCUCUGGUCCGUUAUUUCAUCGUUGAGCUCCGACAAACAAAGCGAAGGUAUAUUGAAUCUGAUUGAGGAGAAAUGGGAUGAUCUUGUGGCAGAAAUGCCUCUCAAGAUAUGCUAUCCUGCUCUUGAGCACGGCGAGUGGCGCAUCAUCACUGGAGGCGACCCCAAGAAUACCCCAUGGUCGUAUCACAAUGGCGGAUCGUGGCCUACGCUCACGUGGCAGUUCACGUUGGCGUGCAUCAAGAUGGGAAGGCCAGAGUUAGCCAGGAAGGCGGUGGCCGUGGCUGAGCAAAGGCUUCCGGGCGAUUCGUGGCCGGAAUAUUACGACACGAAGCAGGGGAGGUUCACCGGGAAGCAAGCACGGCUGCAGCAGACAUGGACGAUUGCGGGAUACCUGACAUCGAAGAUGCUUCUGAGGAAUCCGGAGAUGGCUUCGAUGCUGUUUUGGAACGAGGAUUACGAGGUGCUCGAGAAGUGUGUGUGUGGCCUCAAAACUGGGAGAAGAAACUGUUCUCGCCUGGCUGCCAGAUCUCAGUAGUCAUGGAUUAGUCUCACCAUUGUUUUAAGCUAAGCAUAUGUUUAUCUUUGAUGAAUUUGUAUCCAACUCAUUAGCCUCACCAACUUCUAUGUAAUUCACCUUAUAAAUCUAACAUUCAAGUAUGACUUUGAUUUUA